GAAAGAACAAUGAAUGGGCAAGUACUGCUGUUUGUGUCUCUGUUCGCCCUCGACGCAGUGUACGGCCAGGUCAGCUAUUCCAUUCCAGAGGAGAUGAGCAGAGGAUCUCUCGUGGGAAACAUAGCGCAAGAUUUAGGUGUAGAAAUUCGACGUCUGAUUUCCGGCAAAGCAAAGAUCUAUUCCAGGAACAAUGAAGAAUACAUCGAGCUGAGCCGAGAGAAAGGAGUCCUCCUCGUGAAAGAGAGGAUCGACAGAGAGGCUCUUUGCGCACACACCGCGCUUUGUGCGCUGCAUUUCCGUAUCAUUUUGGAAAGUCCUAUCGAAUUUUACAGUGUUACUGUGCAGAUUACCGACAUAAAUGACAAUGCUCCGAAAUUUGAAAAAAACGAGAUGAAUUUUAAAAUAAGCGAGUCGGCGACCGUCGGAGCUAAAUUUGUUCUUGAUGGGGCUCUAGAUCUUGAUGUCGGAAUUAACGACCUACAAAAUUAUGAAUUAAAACCAGCGGAUCAUUUCACUCUUAAGAUGCAGAAUAACGCAGAUGGAAAUAAAAACGUAGAGAUGGUUUUACAAAAGUCUCUAGAUAGAGAGAAAGAGGAGCAGAUGUCUCUCGUGUUAACGGCUGUAGAUGGAGGAGAGCCGCGCAUGUCGGGAACGAUGUUGAUUCACGUUACAGUGUUAGACGCGAACGAUAAUGCCCCCGUUUUUACACAGCACACAUACAAGGCUACUGUGACUGAGAAUUCACCUGCAGGGACGCUUGUGGCUACUGUUUCUGCUUCUGAUGAGGAUGGAGAUUUGAACUCCAAAAUAUCGUAUUCAAUAACAAACACCCAAGAUAACGUUAGAAAUAUAUUUGACAUUAAUAAAGAAAACGGCCAGGUUUCAUUAAUUGGAAAUAUUGAUUUUGAAAAUUCAAAACAUUUUCAAAUCAAACUACUUGCAAGUGAUGUUGGGGGAUUUACGGAUUCUUCUAAAUUGAUUAUCGAUGUAGAAGAUAUAAAUGACAACAAACCAGAAAUUAACAUAAUGUCCAAAUCAAAUGUGAUAUUAGAGGACACAGAAAUCAAUACUGUUGUUACUGUUAUCAAUACUGAAGAUUUGGAUUCGGGAGACAAUGGAAUGGUAAAAUGCUUUAUUAAUGAAAAUAUUCCAUUUACUCUCAAAACCUCUGAAAAUAAUUUUUAUAGCCUAGUUACAGAUAAUGAUUUAGACAGAGAGAGGUCGUCUGAGUAUAACAUCACAGUGAUGUGCUCUGAUGAGGGCGUGCCCUCCCUCUCCAGCAGUGUCACUCUCACCUUACUCAUCUCAGAUGUGAAUGACAACGCGCCUGUCUUUGAGAGGAGUUCAUAUGAGGCCUAUAUUGUUGAAAAUAACACACCAGGUCUCUCCGUACUCAUGUUGAAAGCCAGUGAUGCUGACUGGAACCAGAAUGCUCGUCUUUCUUACAUCCUAGAGGACUCCUCAGUUCACGGCGUGCCAGUCUCCUCAUAUGUGUCAGUUAGUGCCGAGAGUGGAGUCAUCCAUUCAGUGCGUUCUUUUGACUACGAGCAACUGAAAGAGUUCCACUUCCGCGUCAGAGCGCAGGAUGGAGGCUCCCCUCCCCUCAGCAGCAACGUGAGCGUUCGCAUCCUGAUCCAGGACCAGAACGACAACGCACCUCAGGUCCUGUACCCGGUGCCGACGGGCGGCUCGCUGCUGGCCGAAAUGGUGCCUCGUUCUGCAGAUGUGGGCUAUCUUGUGACAAAAGUGGUGGCCGUGGAUGUGGACUCCGGUCAGAACGCCUGGCUCUCCUAUAAAGUGCACAAAGCCCCCGACAGGGCGCUGUUUGAAGUGGGCCUCCACAACGGAGAAAUCCGAACUGUCCGCCAAGUGACUGACAAAGACGCUGUCAAACAAAGACUGACUGUUGUCGUGGAGGACAACGGGCGGCCCUCUCGUUCAGCCACGGUCAUUGUGAACGUGGCGGUGGCCGACAGCUUCCCUCAAGUGCUGUCAGAGUUCACUGACUUGAGCAUGCACGACAAGGAGUACAAUGACCAUCUGACUUUUUACUUAGUCUUGGCGCUGGCGGUGGUCUCCUUCCUCUUCAUCACCUGCUUGCUGCUUAUCAUAUCGGUCAAAGUGUACCGGUGGAGACAGUCUCGCGUCCUGUACCACUCCAACUUGCCUGUCAUUCCGUAUUGUCCACCUCGAUACUCGGAUACUUUAGGAACAGGAACUCUACCCCACGUGUAUAAUUACGAGGUGUGCAGGACUACUGACUCCAGAAAAAGUGACUGUAAAUUGGGCAGAGCUCCAAGUCACAACGUGAUGACAAUGGACCCCCACUUUACUGGGACCAUGCAAAAGAUGCACAUUGAAAAGAAGAUCAUGGAUGAACCUGAUUCCCCUCUCGAGGUUAGUUUACAGUAUUUUCAUUUGGACUGUUUCUUCUGUUGAUGAUUGACUUCAUUGUCAUCAUGACUGUAGUUUCUCAAAGUUCGCCAAUCAUUGCAUAAACUUCACCAUGUGCAAAUUUUCAAAGGCGAGGGGUGGUGUUUAAAUUUUACAUGAGUUUGCCCACUGAGAAACAUAUUCAUGCGGUUGAAUUGAAGUUGAGCUUCAGCACCAUGGAGAGCAAAACUUUUAGCCUCAUUUCUUUGUUAGCCAUUGAGCAUUUCAACUCAAGUUGCAUUAUUAUUUUCUUCUCCAUUGGAGGCAAGAUUUGACGUGUACUGUCAAAUUUAUUUUCAAGAUGUCUUUUAUACUUUUAAUCUUUUGAGCAUACCUAACGAACGAUGCAUUCUAGUCAUUGUUAAAUUGAGUGCUGCCUACUUGGUACUGUUUGUGUUUGUCCAUAUCCUCAUAAAGGAGGUUUAUUCAUCCACAUGAUCACUGGCAGAACUGCAGCGUUUGAUUACCAAUGACGUGAUGACAAUGUACAGUUUGUGUGAAGAAUCACUGAUAAGUAAUCAAUCAGUACAGUGUGCGUAUUAUGACCCUGAGCAGGAUAACCACAAUAAUGAGGAUGGAUGGAUGGAUGGCAGAUAGCUUCCCAAAGUGCUGCCAAAUAAUAAACGAAUAUUUUUUUUUCUUGAAAAGAUGAUGUAAAAAUUUGAAAUAUUGCCAUUCGUCGAGCACUUACAACCCUAUCAGACAUUUGACCUCAUUUAACUGAAAUAUCUUGUUUUUCAACAUGUUGGAUUUGUGGUUAACGCAUGUGCCUCAUAGUCCGUAGUUGCGUGUUCCAGUCUUAGUUUC